CCUGGGGACACAACGUUGCUCUGAGCCACGUUUAGACUGGUAGCAAUCUCCUAAAUUCGGGGUGAAAGUAUCCAUUCUUAAAUGGCAAGUACAUGAUAGGAGAAACGGGCAAAUAAACAGCGUGGAAUUACCCAUUCCAUUAGCAGCCUCUAAAAUUACCCAUUCCAUUAGCACAAGCAGUUUAUUUGGGAUCUUAACAGCAGCUCGGGUCUCCUUUGGGGCAAAAGCUCCCAAUGGCAGGCUUCUUGAUUUCAUGCCUCUCUGUGGAAACCACAGCAAUGUGUUGCUGUUGCAUUAAGUGAGCAUCAUAAUUUGUUGUGUAUCUCUGUGAAGGAAGCAAAUAGUGGCAACUUUCUGAGAAAACAGUGAAAAUAGAGAGCACAACAUUCCAGUGAGGUGAACCAGUGAAGUUAGUAGGAUAAGCGGAAUAUGUACCAACAGAAGCCCAUUAUAUUUUUUCUACAGCUUGGGAACCCUGAAGCACCUUUCAGUAAGGGCUAUUUAGAGGGAAAAAAAGCCUUCAACAACAGUUCCAGUUGUCUCUGCUUGAUUUUUCAGAUGCAACCACUGUGCUCUAAUAUGGCAGCUUCAGCAAGUGAUCCUGAUUUGGCAUUUGGUAUCUAUACUGGAGGCAUAUGAGCAAGUCCAUGUGGCAAUAACACAGGAUUGAAGAGAAGAGGCUUUUAGGGAAUUCUCUGAAGCUCUGUAUGUGCAAAAAGUAUAGUCAGCUUAAUGCUGUGUGCCAGAUCGUUAUUUGCUCUUGACGUUGAAUCAUACAAUAGUAGAAUUAUUUAGCUUGGAAGGAACCUCCAGAGAUCAUCUGGUUCAAAUCCCUGCUUAAAACAGUGCUGCCGUUGAAGUUAGAGAAUGUUGCUCCAGGCCUUGUCUAGUUGAGCUUUCUCUUGAAGGAUUUAAAAUGGAGUUGAAAGCUGAGUCUGAAAUUUAGCCGAAGUAGGAACGAAGUGUCACAAACUUUGGAAAGUAACAGAGUUUUAAGCAGUCUGAAUGAAGGACACUUUUCCUUAGUUAAGUAGAGUUGUCUUUCUGGUUUUGGUAUUACGAUUCUGGUUCUCCAACUGUGCAACAGUCUUCAGUGUGUACAAUACAGAGAUUUUUGGAAGAUACGAAGCAAGCAGAAGAGUGUAUUGCCCUGCAGCACACAGAUUUUCUCUUAGUAGAUACAAAACUGAUAUAUUUUUAAAGUAACAAUUUUCUGUACAAAACCAAAAGACAGAUAAGCUACUUCAAAUUUGAAAGGUUCGUAGUAUCUCACCUGCAUAAUGACUCAUUUAUUUAAAGGUAAAAGGUGUGAUUCUUGCAUUCACAGAGGUGCAGUGUAAUCAGCUUUAUUUCUGUGUCCUUAACAGCAUGGUGUUCUUCAUGUGCAAAACCCAGCUCUUGUGUCUUAGUUGUGCACUAAAUGAAUAAAUGUAUUCACUUAGUGAGUUGAGGUUAAUGGAAUGAAGGUAGCUGAUGCCAGCCUUUAUGUAUAUUGAUCUUUUCUUGUCAUGUCACAGUGUAUCCUGUGAAGUCAAGUUUUUGAAGAAAUCUCAGAAUUAUUAUUUGCACUGAUCAGUGUCUACAGGUCCUGGGUAAAACACACUUUGUAGAAGAGUCUUAAAUACAGUGAAAAGUUCCUGGAAAAGCUUAUCUGCUAAGCAGGAAAGAAAGAUGAGGAGGGAGAAAAAAGUCAAUAUAAAUUGAAACAGCCAUGCCAUUGUACUUUCAUGAUGUGUCUUUUAAGUGUUAUCUGUGUUUUUCUUAAGUUAGAGCUAUACUGAUAUCUUUUGAGGGGAAAAAUUACAGAAAUUAAAUGGUUAUAUAGUUGUGGAAUUGAGUUUUUCAUCUCCUAAUACACAUAAUUAAUUUCAGCAAGCACUGAUGACACUGUUGAAGAUGCAGAUAAUAGCAUAACCUCAGGAGCUACAGUUCUUGGUGUCCUAAGGACUGUGGAGAAGCUUCGCAUCUCAUGAGAUUCUACAGUAUACUUUGCAGUUCAUUCCAGCUUUUGAGAGAUUAUCUUUUAUUUCAGAAUCUGUCAGGACCUGCAGCAAAACAACUCCACAAAAAGAGACACCUACAGAAUAAAGAUGAAUAUUGGAAAAGCUUACAGUGCUGCUAACACCAGCAAUGGAACAGAUCUAGCUAUUGGCUUUACUUCUUCUGCAGUAGCUGUCCUUCUGUUUGGGACAAAUUUUGUGCCUGUUAAGAAGUUUGAUACUGGUGAUGGCAUGUUCUUCCAAUGGAUUCUCUGUGCCUCCAUAUGGAUGGUUUCUUUGGUGGUCAAUUUGAUCCAGAAUUGCCCCCGGUUUUGGCCUCUGGCUAUGGUUGGAGGUUUUGUGUGGGCCACAGGCAAUAUUACAGUUGUUCCUAUUGUUAAAACUAUUGGCUUAGCUCUUGGCCUUUUGAUAUGGGCUUCUUUUAAUUUGCUGACAGGUUGGGCAAGUUCAAGGUUUGGUUGGUUUGGAAUUGACCCAGAAGAGGUAUCAAGACCGAUCUUAAAUUAUAUUGGAGCUGGACUUUCACUGUUAAGUGCUGUCAUAUUUCUUUUUAUAAAAACUGAAGUCCAGAGUUCUUCAGCUUCAUUAGAAAGCACACCUUUACUGAGAGAAAGUUCUAUUAAUGUUUCUGAAGAUACCUCUGAUGACUCGUGGGUGAACAGACUUUCGCCAGCAAAAAAGAGACUCAUAGGCUGUAGCCUGGCUGUAGUAGCUGGAAUACUGUACGGUUCCAGUUUUGUACCUGUACUUUACAUCAAGGACCAUGGAAGAAGAAAUGAAACUAUAUACACAGGAGCAAGUCAGUUUGAUUUAGAUUAUGUUUUUGCACACUUCAGUGGAAUAUUUCUUACUAGUACCAUCUACUUUUUGAUCUACUGUGCAGUCAGGAAAAAUAAACCUAAUGUUUAUCCCCAAGCCAUAUUGCCAGGGUUUCUUUCUGGUGUGCUUUGGGCGAUAGCCAAUUGCUGCUGGUUCAUAGCCAAUCACUAUCUCAGUGCUGUCGUCAGCUUUCCAAUAAUUACUGCAGGGCCUGGCCUGGUUGCUGCAAUGUGGGGAGUCCUUGUAUUUAAGGAAAUCAAGGGACUGAAAAACUUUGUGUUACUGUCAAUAUCGUUUUGCAUCAUUUUGGCUGGAUCACUUUCCACAGCUUUUUCUAAAGUUUGAAAGGACCUUCUGGACCAGUAGAUGGUGCUAAUGUUUAACACAGAUAGAAAGACAAUGUUGGUAGAUUGCAAUACAUAAUAAUUUUCAACACGUAUGUCCAACAUUUACCCUAAUUUGCUUCAGGCGAGUGAAGAUUAAAACCAUUUGGUAUGAAAGAAAAUGUGGAAAUGUUUGUUUCUUCAUUUCUUGGAAUAGUAAGAAUAUCAGAAGAUUUUAUUAAAUAAAGCUAAAUGAUUUUAUAAUUACAAA